AUGCCGUUUUUUAAAAUGAGGCGGGAGCUUCCAGCGGAGCGCAACCUGGAGCUCGAAUGGAACCCGCCCACGUCAGGCGGAAAACGACCACCCCGCAACCGAUGGGGCCGCCUCGCUCCUCCGCGGCAGAGCCAACAGCCACCCCUCGGCUGCGGGGUUGCGGCGCUCUCUCGGCGGGCCAGAAAAGCGCGGGGAGAGGAGAGCCAUGCCGGCGUGCAGCCGCCACACGGACUGCCUGGAGCGGCCCCUGUCGCGCUCUUUCCGGGCCUUGGGGGCUCUGGUGGGCGCCCACCCGUGGCCCUUCCUGCUGCUGCCCUUGGCCCUCUCGGCCGCCCUGGGCUCCGGCUUCCUCUUCGUGCCCAUUCACGAGCCCAACGACCUGGAAGAGCAGUUCACGCCCGUCAACAGUCCCGCCAAAAACGACCGCCGCUUCGUCCAGGCGCGCUUCCCCACCGACGACGCCCGGCGCUUCUCGCCCCAGAGGCUGACCACUGCGGGAACCUCCGCCGCCUUUUCCUCGGCUUCUUCCUGGGGGGCGUCACGCUCGGCCCCGGAGACGGACCGGCGCGCCCCCUGCUGGCCGCCAAAGCCCUGCGCCUCGUCUACUACUUGCAGGAGGACGACGCUCAAAGGCGAGAGGACAGCCGGCGAUGGCUCGACGCCUUUCUGGAGCGCAUCCCGGGAGUCCUCGACUCCCUGAACUUCUCCUCCGUCCGGGUAGUCUAUUUUACCUCAUUGUCCAGACAGAAGGAAUUGAAAAAUCUUGCAAAGGAUGUGAUUCCGCUGGUCUCUGUUGCCUAUUUUUUAACAAUAUCUUUUUCAAUUGUAUCAUGUGCAAGGCUUGACUGCGUGCGAACAAAAGUUUCAGUUGCGUUUUUUGGGGUGCUGGCAUCAGGCUUGUCUGUCAUCAGCAGUUUUGGACUAUUGCUAUUCUGUGGUGUGCCGUUUGUCAUCACAGCAGCAAAUUCACCAUUUCUUAUACUUGGAAUUGGUAUUGAUGACAUGUUCAUCAUGGUAUCCUGUUGGCAACGUACCAAAGUGAAGGACAACAUCCAAGUUCGGAUGGCAAACACCUAUGCGGAAGCAGCCGUGUCAGUCACCAUCACAACUCUUACUGAUGUUCUAACCUUUUACAUUGGAAUUGCAACUUCCUUCCCAUCAGUUCAGUCAUUUUGCAUCUAUACCGGCACAGCCUUCAUUUUCUGCUACUUCUAUAAUCUCACGUUCCUUGGGGCUGUCCUUGCUCUGGAUGGUAGAAGAGAAGAAAGCAACAGACAUUGGCUCACAUUUAUGAAAGUCAAGGAUGAACCUCAAGAUUCUUCGGGCUGUUUGUACAACGUAUGCUGUGUAGGAGGAUCUUUCGACAAGUCUACAGGUGCAGAAACUGAACAUCUCAUGAAUACAUUCUUUAAAAAAUAUUACGGUCCCUUCAUUAUGCACACGUGGGCCAAGGUGUCUGUGAUAAUCCUAUAUCUAAUUUACCUGGGCAGUAGUUUUUACGGGUGCAUUCAAAUCAAAGAAGGUGUAAAUCUUAGAAACGUAGCAACAGAUGAUUCCUAUAUCAUUCCAUAUUAUGAUUUGAAAGAAAAGUAUUUUUCUGAAUAUGGUCCAAGGGUUAUGGUGAUUGUUACUAAAAGUAUAGCAUAUUGGGAUCCUUCUGUUCGUGAAGACCUUGAGCAUUGUAUUGAUAUGAUAGGAAACAUAUCUUAUGUGGACAAGGAUUUCUCAGAGUCGUGGUUGACAAUUUACGUAACUUUUGCUAAAAACAUGUCUUUAAAUAUAAAUGACCGCAAUGUGUUCAUUGGAAAUCUACCUGCUCUUUUUACUGCUAAUCCAGAGUAUGAGCAAGAUGUGAAAUUUAGUGCUACAGAAAUACUAGCUUCACGGUUCUUCAUACAGAUAGUCAAUGCUUCAACUGUAGUGGAUCAGAAAAAACUCUUAACUGAACUAAGAGUCAUUGCUGAAGACUGCAAGAUCCCAUUAAUGGUUUAUCAUCCAGCUUUUAUACUCUUUGACCAGUUCCUUGUGAUAAUUAAGAACACCAUUGAAACUGUCAUAAUUGCUACUGGAGCCAUGCUCAUAGUUUCCUUGCUGCUCAUACCUAAUCUCCUUUGUUCUUUAUGGGUAGCUUUUGCUAUUGUGUCUGUUAUUGUUGGUGUGUCUGGUUUCAUGGCCUAUUGGGGCAUCAAUCUUGAUUCUGUAUCCAUGAUCAAUCUUGUUAUAUGCAUAGGGUUUUCAGUAGAUUAUUCUGCUCACAUUUCUUACGCCUUUGUUUCCAGUAAGAAACUUGAAACAAAUGAGAGGGCAGUGGAUGCUGUAUCUCACCUCGGCUACCCUAUCUUGCAAGCAGCAGCUUCCACUCUUGUGGGAGUCUUUGUUCUCUCAAUGUCCUCUGCUUACGUCUUUAGAAACUGUUUUAAGAUAAUACUUCUAGUGAUCACGUUUGGGGCUGCCCAUGGUCUCCUAUUUAUUCCUGUGUUCUUAACACUAUUUGGCUUUUGUAGCUGAUUGUCAAACAGAUGGUGCAAAAACAAUGAUCACUGAAUGAAAACCUACACCGUGUUGAAGAACGCCAGCUUCUAGGAAGAAACUGUGCAACAGGCUGCUUUAAAUUUGGAAAAGGAUGCAAUGGUUACUUCCAUGCAACUACCUUCCCCCAAAUACCUGUGAAUAUAUAGCAUGCUAACAAUGUAACCUUUCUUCUGCAAUACAGGAAGUCCUCUUUGAGAAUACUGUACUUGUUUUAGUAGAUUGUAUGAAAUUGUUUACUUAUUUUACAUUAUUUAUUAAAACAAAUCACAUAUGCAUAUAUUAUGGGAUAUAGCAGGCUUUUGCAUAUAAUGUGGUGCACUCUGAAUAAAUAUAGAAGACUGUAAUAGAGUAUGUUUUAAAUUAGUUGUUUAACAACAUGCUGUUGAGCUAACAAACCAACCCGCCCGUAUAUCAGUGUUCUAACUGAUGCUCAGAGUCAGGAUUGUGGCAGCUACCAAGCAAAUUUGGGUGAAGAAAAUGUGAUGCAAAAAUAGGAAGAGGGCUGGCUGACGGUGAUGAUAUGGUCUAUCAAGUUCAAAUGGGCUUGCCUUUUACUGAGAUAAUUGUUUUUUAAAAAAGAAAUACAAGGAGAGUUUUUAUCUUAGUUCAAGCUCCAUCUCACCAGUAAUCAAAUUAGGACAAUCAAGAAGAGUUGGCAGGACAAAAUCAUCAACAAGCAUCAAAUAUGUAAUUUUUUUUGAAGGUCUGAAUUUUGGGAGAUGUUUAGGAGAAAAAUGCUAGUGUGAAACAAGGCUGAAUGCAAACAGGACAGAUUCUCAUGUGAACCUGGAACCUUCUUUCAUGUCUUUCAUGGAUAUUGCAAUAUUCAUUAUUAUUCUGCUGAUUUCCUUUAUCUAUUUUCCUUAAUUUUGGUAUGAUUGUGCCUUGCUUGAAAGGAGUACGAGGUCCUGUCUGUAGGAACACAUCCCUGCGAACGACAACUUGACUGAGCAGAAGAGUAAAGUUUCUGUCCUGUGUUUAGGUAGACUUAGGCUUCUUGUUUACUCUCCUGCUACAUAUUACAGUAUGCUUCUGCAUGAACCACUUUUACUUACAAAUGGGAUGGAUGACAGUG